UCGACGAGCCGCUCUUGAUUCGGUCCGGCCGGGUUGCCAUGGCGCUUUCUCCGUACGUACAAGCCAUGCAGGACCUGUUCCGGACUAACACUCGCAGCCGUGAGUUCCCAGCGCACGGGGCCAAAGUGCACUCGGUGGCCUGGAGCUGCUGCGGCCGCCGCCUGGCUUCCGGCUCAUUUGACAAGACCGCCAGCGUCUUCGUGCUCGACAAGGACCGGCUGGUAAAAGAGAACAAUUACCGUGGUCAUGGAGACAGUGUGGAUCAGUUGUGCUGGCACCCAAGUAACCCAGACUUAUUUGUCACUGCAUCUGGAGACAAAACUAUUCGCAUAUGGGAUGUCCGCACCACUAAGUGCAGUGCCACAGUGAACACUAAAGGAGAAAAUAUUAACAUCUGCUGGAGCCCUGAUGGCCAGACUAUUGCAGUAGGGAACAAGGAUGAUGUGGUAACCUUUAUUGAUGCUAAGACACAUCGGUCCAAAGCUGAGGAACAGUUCAAGUUUGAGGUGAAUGAGAUCUCUUGGAACAAUGACAACAACAUGUUUUUCCUCACCAAUGGCAACGGUUGCAUCAACAUCCUCAGCUACCCAGACCUAAAGCCCAUCCAGUCAAUUAAUGCCCAUCCCUCAAACUGCAUCUGCAUCAAAUUUGACCCAAUGGGCAAGUAUUUUGCCACAGGGAGUGCUGAUGCGCUUGUUAGCCUCUGGGACGUGGAUGAGCUGGUAUGUGUACGAUGCUUUUCUAGACUUGACUGGCCUGUGAGGACGUUGAGCUUCAGCCAUGAUGGGAAGAUGCUGGCUUCAGCAUCUGAAGACCAUUUCAUCGAUAUUGCUGAGGUUGAAACCGGGGAGAAGCUGUGGGAAGUGCAGUGCGAGUCCCCAACCUUCACUGUGGCUUGGCAUCCAAAGCGUCCCCUGCUGGCCUUCGCCUGUGAUGAUAAAGAUGGCAAAUACGACAGCAGCAGAGAAGCUGGCACCGUGAAACUCUUUGGUCUCCCCAAUGACUCAUAAGAGAAGUCUGUUGGAGGUUAUGACCUGAGAUUCUGAGCCAGGGGCGAGGAUGUUCACAAGCCAUGUUUGCUUUGCCUCUGUAUUGGGUUUGUUGCCCCUUCUGGAGAAGGAAGGGGCUUGGCUUGGCAUCCCCUUGCCUUGAAAACCUGCCAUUUGAAGCUUUUGCUGCCCAACCAUCCUGGAAAGCCCAGAGCUGGCUGACUAAAUCCCCUUCCAGACUAUUCAUUCACUGGGUUUUUAUUGCAAGCGAUGGCAGUUGCAGCUGCCAGUGCAUUUCAGUGUCUGUGUAUUAUGCCUCCCAUUGGGAAGUCAUUCCGUGCCCUCUGGUUUCUUGGGCACAUAGCAGGCGGGGCCUUCUGCGAAUCUGGGUUACUGUGUCAUUGUCAUCCACUUACAUUUUCCUUUGAGGAUGGAAAGACUGAGGGACGUGCUGGUUUUCUGUAGCCACAUUUGGAACCCUCCUUUUUCCUCCGAGGAAUGGUUAACUCACCUCUUCUGGAGGGUUUGUGUCUUUGAUUCCUUUUGCACCUUAGGAUAAUGAAAGGCAUCGGGACUGGAAAUAGGAUUAUUUUUUUGUAUGAAUCUGUUUUUUUGUAUCUUGGAUAACUUUGUUCCACUAAAAUAAAGGAAUAAAGAACCUC